AUGGAAUUUCUUGAACAUCACUGCUUCCACCACCGUAAUACAAGCUGCUCUCUUGACUUUCAUUUGACUUAUGUCAAUGUAUUCUUGUUCUUGUACAUAUCUGCAGUUUCCGUGCUGACAGUGUUUGGAAAUCUACUUGUCAUCAUCUCUAUAACAGCUUUCAAGCAGCUUCACACACCGACCAACCUCCUCAUCCUCUCACUGGCCCUUUCUGACUUCUUGGUGGGAAUUUGUGUGAUGCCGGUUGAAAGCCUUAGGAGCAUAAACUCCUGUUUUUAUAUGGGAAAGUCGCACUGUCGGAUCUUUCAUGUGAUUAUGUCUGUUCUUGGAUCUGCUUCACUCAUUAAUAUCAUGCUUGUAGCAAUUGAUCGUUAUUUUGCUGUAUGUGAGCCACUCAUGUAUAUGUCUAAAAUGACAAUUAGAAAAACAAUGAUGUGCAUAAGUUUAGGAUGGACUGUGUCCUUCUGUUAUAAUCUAGUACCAAUGAAUUUAGGGAAUACAAACCUGACAGGAACAACUGUCUUCUGUCUAAGGGAAUGUGCAGUGGCUGUCAGCAACGCCUGGGGUCCAACUGACCUGAUAGUGAGUUUCAUUGCUCCAUGUACAGUAAUGGUAAUACUGUAUAUAAGAAUUCUCACUGUGGCUUUGAGACAAGCUAAAGCCAUUUCCAUUACUUCAAAGAAAAUGGCAUCUCAGAAAAAUCCAAAAUCAUUCAGGAAAUCAGAGGUGAAAGCAACAAAAACAUUGAGUAUAAUUGUCUUCGUGUACGUGUAA